AUGGGCUCGGACAGUGAGAAAUUUUCACGCCUUCCACAGCGCCCAUUCGGCGUCACCAAUCGAAUCUGGGUUGUCGUUGGCGUGGUUAUCUUUAUCCUCGGGUGUACACAUUACAUUCUUCCAUCGACAAAUCACACCUCGAAUAUUAAUCCAUAUUCGAACUCCAAUUUGAAGUCGAAGAAUUACCUUAACACCACGGAGCCUCAAAUCAAUCCUUUCGAUUUCUGUCCCGCCUACGGUCCUGGGGACGAAAUUGGGGCAAAAUACGGCUCACUUGUGCUUUCGCAAAGUCGCAUACAUCUUGGAAGCAGCGCUCGAAUUCAAAGAGUGUUGAGUCGAGCUUUGGCUGGACAGCCUGUAACCAUCAGUAUCUUAGGAGGUUCGGUAUCUGCGUGUCAUGGCGCCGGAGAUGAUCCUAUAUCCCCAAGAUGCUAUCCAUCUAAAUUCUUCCAGUGGUGGAACAGCGUUUUCCCUCAUCCAGCUUCUGAACUCACCAAUGGCGCAAUUCGCCGAACGAACUCUGCUUACUUUGCGUACUGCAGUACACAUCAUAUUCCGGACGUUACAGAUUUGAUCAUCGUCGAACUUGACGUAGACGACGCACCUGACGCGGAAACCACUGAACACUUUGAGACGCUCAUUCGAUCCCUGCUCAUUCGCCCAGACGCGCCCGCUGUCCUUUUGCUAGGGCACUUUUCUCCUCAAAUUCACAAUGCAUACGGUUUUGUUGGUCCUGAUCAUUGGCAUAACGUUGUAGCCCAAUUCUACGACGUUCCCCAUAUAUCCACGAAAUCAGCACUUUUCUCGGAUUACAUGAACGACCCCUCUUCUAUCACUAAAUACUACAUUGAUCCUAUCUUGGCCAAUCCCUCAGGUCAUGAUUUGCUUUCGGACAUUCUCAUCGCUUAUUUCCAGUCUCAAACAUGUACUGCCUGGGCUGUCCUUACUGGGUCAUCUUACGAUGCCGUGCCUCAAAGGCAUUCUGAAUCUGGCACCGCAGACAAUGCCCACGGUCUCUUUGGAGGAAUGGGACCGCGUAAAGGCGUUGUUCCGGAGCCUGGAAUGGGAAAAGGGAAGGAGGAUGUUGAUGUCGAUGGUAACAGGAUUAAGCUUGAACUGCCUGAUACCUCGAAGGCCCAUGUUCCGUUGUUGCAUGUCCCUCCUGGUCGUAUGAAUACGAAACCAAACGAUGCUCGCCCUUACGAAGAAAUAGCGCCCUACUGUGUUAGCGCCAAUGACUUGGUCAACCCUCUCCCUCUUUCAUUAUUUUCUGGGUCUGGUUGGUUCUCAUACCACCCCACCGGUGCCUCCGCAGCUGGUGGCGCUGCUCUUGAGACUAAGGCUCACUAUUGGUACUCUUCUCUUCCAACGAGCAAAAUCAGAAUUCCUAUCCUUGUUGGUGCCGGUGAUAUCGGUGUGUACUACAUUUUAGAACCUAGGAAGGACGUCAGAGAGGGUAGCAGUAUUCAGUGUUGGGUUGACGAUAAUUUUGCUGGUGCCAAAACUUUGGAAAAUGCCGCAGAUGUUGGCGAACCUCAACCGAAACUGUUCAUGAUCGACCAUUACGUCUCCCGUGGUAACCAUUUCGUUGAAUGUCAACUCAUGGGCGAAGAGGGCCAAGGUGUACCUAUGUUCAGAAUCAUCGGUAUAUUCGCUUCGUGA